GUGUUUAGGCUUAGAAAAUACGUUUCAACCAUUUCUUUCUUUCUUUCUUUCUUUCUUUCUUCUUUAAAGAAAUCAAGAAGAGAAAAAAAAGCCAUUGCAUUUCUCAUGAACUGUGGAGCAGUCGUCUUGGGUUUCUAUUGCUGGGGUUGGGAGUUCUUAACUGCCCUUCUUCUCUUCUCUUCUUCUCCUUAUAAUUAAUCUCUUUCCCUUCUUCUUUUUUUUUCUUUUUCUUUAUAUUAUCUUUAUUUUUCUUUUAAUUUUCUUCUUAAUAUUUUCAUAUAUGGAGCCUGUUGAUGAUAACAACAACCACAACAAUAAUAAUAAGGCUUUAGAAUAUCAGUAUGUAAGAAAAUCAACUCCACCGCCGUUUUUAUUGAAAACCUACAUGCUCGUGGAGGAUCCGGCCACCGACCAUGUCGUAUCAUGGAACGACGACGGAACAGGGUUUAUCGUUUGGCAGCCGGCGGAGUUUGCUCGUGAUCUUUUACCUACACUCUUUAAGCAUAGCAACUUCUCAAGCUUUGUCCGGCAACUCAAUACCUAUGGUUUUCGCAAGGUUGCAACUAGCCGGUGGGAGUUCUGCAAUGACAUGUUUCGAAAGGGCGAAAAAGAGCUACUAUGUCAAAUUCGUCGACGCAAAGCAUGGUCUAACAAGCAACAACCAAAUGCACAAAUUCAAACCACACCGCAAGAAUCCGAUGAAGAUCAACGAUCAUCGUCAACUUCAUCAUCAUCCGAGUAUGGUGUCCUAGUCGAUGAAAAUAAACGUCUCAAGAAAGAAAAUAAGGUCUUAAGCUCGGAGCUCACUGACAUGAAAAGGAAGUGCAAGGAGCUUCUUGAUUUAGUGGCUAAAUAUACACGUUUCGAGAAAGAAGAAGAGGAAGAAGAAGAUGCGUCCCCGAAGUUAUUUGGAGUAAGACUAGAAGUUGCAGGUGAAAGAGAGAGGAAAAGAAAGAGAGCAGAAAUUAGAGAAUGUGCAACCAUUUUGCUAUCUCAAUCAUGCAAAUAAGUUGUGCUAAUUAAUGUAGAAUUAAUUAAUAAUUAAGGAAACAAUAUUGCCUAGCUUCUUGGAAUUUAAGUAGCCAGCUCCCUAUAUAUAUAUACAGUGUUUUAAUGGUUUCAUUGUACAUUUUUAUGUACUUCAAAGGAUAAUAAAAUUAUGCACAACCCCUUGGGUUAUAUAAA